AUGAAUCUAGAUGAGUGGGACACAGUCACCAACUACACCUGGUCACUCCAUCUGCCAGAUAUUCUCCAGGCCCUCAGUGACUGCUCUUUUGUGGCCAUUGAUUUUGAAUUCUCUGGAAUCGCAUCACACAGAAACAUCUCCUCGCGUCACCAGACUCUCCAAGAGCGAUAUACAGACACCAAAGAAGCCGCGGAGAAAUUUCAGAUUCUCCAGGUAGGUCUAACGAUUGCCCAUGAAGAUACUGUCUCAGGGGUAUACACACUUAAACCGUACAACAUCCAUUUAAGCCCUCUUAUUGAUCCGAUACUGGGAAUCGACCGCAUUUUUAGCGUAUCAAGCUCUGGUAUUUACGCUUCAAGUACCCAGAAUGUGUUUUCGCUAAUUCUUUCUAUUAAAGCCAUACAGUUUCUUUUAAAAACUGGAUUCAAAAUGGAUUCUCCGUUCACGCUAGGCGUGCCAUAUCUGACAAAGAACGAAGAGGAUCAAGCAGUUCAAGAGGCUUGUAAGCAUAGUAGCAAUUCCCGUACUGAAUCAAUUGCCCAAAUGGAGCUUCCAAAGGAAGAUGUCGAGGCUCUGACUUUUCUUGCAAAUAUACGAAAGGAGAUCGACAAUUGGGUUAGCUCUGCUAAGGGGGUUGACGACUACUUAAAUGUUCCAUCUCGAAAUGUGAAGGGGUCUCAUGGUAAACCUGCCAUUACGAGUCUGAAUCGCUUUCAGAAGCGACUUGUACACCAGCUUGUUGAGAAGGAAUAUCCGUCACUUACGUCAAUCGGGAGAACCGAUUUUGUAAGAAUUGUUAAAUACGACCAAAAAAGAGAAGAGGGCAUUCUUCAGCAAAAGCUUCAGCGCGUUGAAAAACGACUAGUUUCUGAGAGGGGAUUUAUGUGGAUAAUCGAUGCUCUGGCUGGAGGAGAUCUUUCCAAGUUGGAACCUGAAGUUUUUUCUCACCUCAUCCCAGAUCGCGGCAUGCUUGGUCUAGAAAAGGACAUUGGUAAAUUGGCUGCAGAAAAAGUCAAAUCCAGGCUUCGAGAAAAGCGUGCUCCAGUGGUUGGUCAUAAUCUCUUCACUGACCUGGUCUACAUGUGGCAAUGUUUCUUUGGGGAUUUGCCUGAGCGCCUCGAGGACUUCACCAGAUUGGUGCACGAGAAGUUUCCUCUUUUGAUCGAUACCAAAUACAUAUUCACUCAUGACUGCGGUGACAUUAACCCAAUUGCAUCACUAGAUAUGAUGAACGAUGCCUUCAAAAACAUCACCAAACCUCAGAUAGUGAUUGACUCAAAGCACACACGAUACCAGCGGCAAGAGCAUCUUCACGAAGCUGGAUACGAUAGUCUAUUAACUGCUACCAACUUCAUCAAACAAGCUGCUCAGCUGCCUGGUACAGCUACGAGAGUGCCCGGGCUUGCUCGUACUACUGAACGCAAAAACCCAAAGCCUAAGAUCAAGAACCAGGAGCUAGCCACGGUUUCUGUAGCAAAGCCUGCAGACACUAAGAGAUUAUCUCAAACCGACCUCCGGUCACGGUUCGCUCAUCAAAAUCUCUUCGACACGCUCCCAGAUGAUGACUCUGAGGAUUCGGAUCUCGCUAACGAAUUGGAAGCUGGUGAGGAAAGCCCACUCAUACCAUUAUUUUCUUCUCCUGUUUGGAAAAAAUACGGCAACAGACUUCGUGUUUUUGGAACAGAUGAGAGAAUCUGCACCUUAGACUGCGAAGGGUAG